UUUUCAAGGUUGGUUAUGCUUCUACUUUGAACUGAAAAUAGUGAGUGGAAUCCUGCCUGACGGCAAUUAUCCGCAACCAACGGAAACAGCGCCGACAGCAAAAACACGAUACAUAAGGGAACAUGAAUGAACCAAUUCCAAGCUUGCGCGCUAUCAAAUUUAUUGCUCAUUUUGCUUUUCUCGCUAUUCACGUAUCCUGUCGCGCUCAGCCACGCCCAGGCCUCAGAACCACAGAAAGAAGCUCACACAUACACACAGGUAAAGACAGAGUUGUGAGCUCCAAUCCAUGUGUUCAGCCGCUGCGCUGCGCUGCCUCACAGCCCACGAGCCUCAUCUUAGCCAUGCCACACUCGCACCAUUAACCACAAGUGAAGAAGGGGAAGCAGACAGAGGAAGAAGUCGAAGUCGAAGAAGUUGAGUUGAGACCAAGGAGGGGCGAACAGCAAACAUAUCU